UGCAAUUCAAAUUGAUCUUGAUUUUUUCACUUCUGGGUUCGAUAAAGUUUGAUAUAAAUUCUUGAUCGAUUUCGAAAUCAAAUCAUUCUCUUAGCUUGAUUCAAAGUAAGAAAAUAUACCAACAAAAACCUCUCUUAUCAUCAUGAAGGUCCUUGUCUGCUUGUUCGCUGUUUUGGCUGUUGCAAAUGCUGGUCUCAUUUCCAGUGGUGGAUUAUAUAGCACUGGAGGAAUCAUCUCUUCACCAGCAGUAACAUUGGUGCAAUCUGCUCCAGCUAUUCAGACAGUUCAUGUUGUCAAGCAACCCGUGAUCCAAAGUGUCUCAUACUCUGCUCCUGCACAAAUCUACCAACCUGCUCACAUCAUCCAUUCUGCUCCAGUCGUUUCUACCUCAGUGGUUUCUUCUCCAGUUAUUACCACAUCCUACGGAAUCAACCAUGGUAUCAGAUACGCCUCCAACUACGGACUUGGUGGAGUUAAAGUUAUUAACAGUGGAUUCUGGAAGCAAAAAUAAAUUAUCUAGUUCAUAAAUAUUUAAAAAACAA